AUGCCGAUAUCCAAGAGACACGCUCAUAUCUCAGUUGGUAAGGUUGCUUGGUUUGAGUGCACAGCAACUAUUGAUGAUGUUUUGCAUGGUGCUGGGUGGUACUAUAUAGGCUGUCGUGACUGUCAUACCAAGGCAAUCAAAGGGCCAACAACUCUCAUGUGUAAGAAGUGUGGGAAGCAUGAAAUUGAUGGUGUGCCACAGUACCACUCGAAGCUAUCUGUGUAUGACCACAAGGAUCAAGCUGUCUUUGUACUUCUCGGUGAUGCUGGUGAGGAGUUGACUGGGAAAAAAGCUGCUGAGUUGGUUGAUAGCUAUUACCAGGCCAACCAGAUUCAAGAAGAGGAUCACAUUGUUCCAGUGCCUCAGGCUCUAACCAAUACCAUAGGACAAACCAGAAAAUUUAUUGUGAAGGUGUCUGCCUAUAAUCUCACUGGCAAGUUCCAGAGUUUGACUGUGACAAAAGUGUUCCCUCUUGAGGAGGAAGAACCCGAAGUCAAUAUUGGAGAUGAGGCUGGAGAGUCACCUGUAAACGAUGUGGAGGAUGAAGCAGUGGAGUCGGUGAAAAGGGGUGGUGAUGUGAUUGAGGGUGAAGAAGCCAAGCGUCCAAAGCUUGGCUAA